GGCGAGGCAGAGAUCCCGGUCCCGGCGUGGUCCUCAUCUAUCAGCGCUAUGGGAAUGCGCAACGCGUUGUUUGUGAAACCCGCCCUGAUCCCGUACUAUCUGAAACCGGUCUACCUGGAGAACCGGACCAGAACUCAGUGCAGCUGAGAGAGUCUCUGCAGCAGAGCCCGGCUCAGCCUCUCUCCUCCAGUCAGCUGAGGAGGAGCAGCAGCAGAAGGAGGAGGAGGAGGAGGAGGAGGCUGAGAAGCAUCUAGAGAUGACAAGUGUUUCUCCUGCAGACGACUUGGACUCGGACGUGUGCUCGAGCCUCCUGCGUGCUGUGUGAACCGGGACCAUGUGUGCCAUGUGUUUGUCCGCAGUGCUCUUAUGUACAGUGGUGGUGGACAUCUCAGCUCGGGUUUUAACCACAACCAGCCCAGAUGACCAGUCCCUCCUCUCCCCUCGCCACUAUCAGCACACCGACCCCGACUCGGGUGCCCAGCUGGUCUGCGACAAGUGCCCGGCAGGCACUUACGUAUCUGUCCACUGCUCCCCAACGGCUGUGAGGGAGUGCAGCCACUGCCCUGAAGGCACCUUCACAAGGGGUGAGAAUGGGGUGAUGAAAUGCCACCCCUGCCGGGCUUUGUGUCCCGCAGGCUUCAUUGAGAAAGCAGCCUGCACGCCCAUACAGGACCGAGUCUGCGCAUGCCCCCCCCACAGCUUUUUGUCAGGGGAUGGUACGGAGUGUAAGCCCCACUCGCUGUGCCCUCCAGGGACCCGGGUGAAAAAGCGGGGCAGUGAGAUGGAGGACGUGAUCUGUAAGCCGUGCACCAAGGGGACUUUCUCAGACGUGGAAUCGAGUAUGGUGAAGUGCCGAACCCACACGGACUGCCAAGCUCAGGGGCUGCUGCUGCUCACACCGGGGACUAAAGACACAGAUAAUGUCUGUGGACUCGCUUCUACAGCCCCCUCCUCCUCUUCCUCUUCCUCUUCUUCUGUCACCACAACCACCCCAGUGGAGCCUGCACAGGCUGUGCUUAUACAGGAACCCCUGACUUCUUCAUCGUCUCCAUCAUCAUUACUGACUGGACCUGCAUAUAAAGGCACCUACAGCCAGUCAGCAGCAAUCCAGCUGAGGGGAAGCCCGGGUGGGGAAGACCACCGUGCAGAGGGGCUACUUCUCAGCCGGCCGGGAGCUUCCAUUCCACCAAGUUUUGAUCCCCCAAGGACUCCACUGCUCCCAGCUGACAAGCAACUCAUGGACCUGGAGCACCAGCUGGGGCAAGCCAGUUCUAACCAUGUGCCAGGUCCCAACAAGAGGACUGUGGAGGGUCUGGAGGGUGCAGAGGUAGCCAGGGGUGGGACGGGUACCAGCAAGGUAGCCGGGCAGGGGAGCGGAGGUGGUGGUAGUGGGGUCUCCAGCUACUAUAGGCCCACUCGCCGGGGGUCCCCAAGGCCAAACACCCAUGAUCACUUUGACAUCAACGAGCACCUCCCCUGGAUGAUCGUGCUGCUGCUCCUGCUGGUGCUGGUGGUGAUUGUGAUCUGCAGCGUGAAGCGCAGCUCCCGCGUGCUGAAGAAGGGCCCAAUGCAGGACCCAAGCAGCAUCAUGGAGAAGGCAAUUCAGAAGAAACCAUCUGCGCCUCCAACGCAGGUCAAAGAAAAGUGGAUCUACUACUCCAACGGACAGGGGGUGGAUAUCCUGAAGCUGGUGGCGGCCCAGGUGGGCACCCAGUGGAUAGACAUCUAUCAGUCACUGGCCAACGCAACCGAGAGGGAGGUGGCCGCCUUCUCCAACGGCUACUCGUCAGAUCACGAGCGGGCGUACGCCGCGCUGCAGCACUGGACCAUCCGGGACAGUGACGCCAUGGCCAAGCUGAUCAACGGCCUGCACCGCCAGCGGCGCAUCGACGUGGUGGAGAAGAUCCGCUGUGUCAUGGAGGACAACCCACAGUUUGACAUCAACCAGCUGAUAACCUCAGUGAAUGUAAGCCAGAGCCUCAGUCCCAUCCACAAGCCGCUCGAAUCUCCCAGCAGCGUUGGCAGCAGCAACAACAGUGGCGGGAGCGUGGGUGGGGCCAGCGGAGAAGGUGUGGAGCCGUCGCCGGUGGACCGCACCAAGGGCUUCUUCCCUGACGAAUCGGAGCCUCUGCUGCGCUGCGACUCCACCUCCAGCAAAGACUCCGCCCUCAGCAGCGGGAACGGCCCCUUCAUUACCAAAGAGAAGAAAGACACAGUGCUCCGGCAGGUGCGUCUGGACCCGUGCGACCUGCAGCCCAUCUUCGACGACAUGCUGCACAUCCUGAACCCCGAGGAGCUGCACGUCAUCGAGGAGAUCCCAGCCGCCGAAGACAAGCUGGACCAGCUGUUUGAGAUCGCAGGAGUCAAGAGUCAAGAGGCCAGCCAGACGCUGCUGGACUCGGUCUACAGCCACCUCCCGGACCUGUUAUAGUGGAGGACAGAGGAAGAAACCAUAUGCAUGAGAGCUGACGCAGAAAGGAGGGAUGAGUCAGAGCUGCUGUUGUUCAGUUUGAGCUUGAUUUUUGAUCUGAUGGAGUCUGACUCAUCAUGUGCCAUGUCACAUGAUUGGAGCCAGGUGUGGAGAUGAAGUGGUCUACUCCCCCCAAUGUCUCUUUCAAAUCUUUACUAGUACUUUAUUCCUCUUUACCCUCCUUGUCUUGUGUUUUAUACACUAUUACUCCUUCAGAACACCUCCAUCCUCUACCAUGAUACAGGGUCAACGCUCAUGGAAUGAACGCAUUCUGAGUGUCACACCAGGGACUACUUUUUCCAUUUUUCUUCAGUGUGUUCAGCCUUGUUUAAGGUGGUAUUAUAAGUAUUGUGACCUUAACAGUGAGGCUUAAGAGCCUCCAAAUUUAGAACAAGCUGGUUUGAAGAGACACUGACAACACAGAUAUAUAUUCAAAGCACUUUCUUUAUCUAAACUGGCCAAUGCCUUCACUUUUGAAAGGGUAAUUCCGUUUUUUUUUGUCAGUUGUGCCAGUCAUCCAUGCUUUCCUUGCCUUCCACGUGAUUUAAAAAAAUCUGAUUUGAAACCUGAGCAAAUUGGUCUGAUUUCCUUCAAAAACAAGGCAAUGAGCAACAAAAGAGGGCAUGACCAAGAAAUUAGCAAGACAUUAAUAAAAGGUACAACAAAUUGCAUGAAGAUUUCCAAAAACAGCAACAAAACAAGUCAUCACCCAUCGAAACAGACAAACAAGUAAA